AAGUGCUUUGUUUCCAUCUCCCCCUCCUUGAUGGUGUGGCGCUUGGAGCCGAGAGGGCCAGGGGGAGGAGAGGCAGGGGGGAGUGUGGAGCUAGAGGACGGCAGGAGGAGAUCCUUCACAGGGUGUCCAAUUUAACCGGACCAUCCUCGCACCGCUCGGCUUCAAAUGCUCCUCCACCCUGGCCGCUCCGACAAACAGCCUGUCCGGAUCGGGUCCUCAGCUGCGGUCGUGCUGGAGGGCAGGAGGUGAUGAUCACGAUCCAGCAGAAGCCAUGGAGAUAGGCCCGGCAACUGAGACUCACAUAAACCUUGGUGUCUGAUCUUCAGCUGUGCCACAAACAUCUGGAGUUCUGUCUGCCGUUUGGUCUGCGUUCACUCUCUCCCACCCUGCGGCCCCUGCAGCGUGGCCUCUACAACCCCCUCCUCUCCUCUUUAUAAUUUCAUCCAAGGGGAUAAAUGAGUGAACCAGUUGUAAAGGAAAGGGCUGGAACAUGUACCAGAACCCUGACAGAAUGUCCUGGUUCAGUGGUCUCCUAGUUGCUAGAGUGGAUGACCGCAAGACUGCGUGGGGUGAACGCAAUGGCAAGAAGUCCAAACGGAAGGGAGGCUCAUCUCUCUGCAGCCCGCGUUACAUGAGCUGUCUGCGGGACCCAGAUGCUAUGGAACCCCCUUCCGGAGCCCCCCUCCAGCAGCACCAUCGUGGAGGGGUGGCCGGGAUUGUGGGAGGCGGGGGAAACUUCGGUGUCCGCUGCGGGUGGCAGGAGGACCACUAUGGCAAAAGGGGAGGGGCUUGCAGUGAAGGGGUGGGUCUGAAAUCGGUCGACUUGGGCUUUGAGGAUGGAGAGUUGAAGGGCAGGAAAGGUGGAUGUAACGGAGGGAGUAGCGACAUGAGCGACGAGGGUCCGAACGGCGCUGGAGGGGUGAUGACGGCUGCGGACUGCUGGCUCAGGGUGGUGCGAGUGUUCCAGUCGAAGAAAUUCCAAUCCCGUAAACUGGAGCGCCUAUACCAGCGUUACUUCUUUAGGCUGAACCAGAGCUCUUUGACAAUGCUCAUGGGGGUCCUUGUGAUUGUGUGCGGCAUCAUGUUGACCUUCCACUGUGUCCAUGCAGCUCCUCACGUGGCCUAUUCUUCUGCCCUGUCGGUGGCAAUGGCGCUCUUCAUGGCUCUCAUGGUGGUGUGCAACCGUAAUGGCUUCCACCAGGACUACAUGUGGAUGGUCAGUUACUUGGUGAUCGGCGUCUUGGUGUCGGUGCAGGUGUUUGGAGUGCUCAUGGUGGCGCCUCGGAGCGCUUCAGAGGGAAUCUGGUGGUCUGUGUUCUUUAUCUACAUCAUCUACACCCUGCUGCCUGUUAGGAUGAGGGCAGCGGUGCUGAGCGGAGCAGUGCUAUCCAUCAUACACGUGGUCACAACCUGGCAGCUCAACCAGGAAGACAAGUUCCUCUGGAAACAGGUCAGCGCUAAUGUCCUCAUCUUCCUGUGCACCAACAUCAUCGGCAUCUGUACCCACUACCCAGCAGAGGUUUCCCAGAGACAGGCCUUCCAGGAGACCAGAGGCUACAUCCAGGCCAGGCUUUAUCUGCAGAGGGAGAACCAGCAGCAGGAACGUCUGUUGCUCUCAGUGUUGCCAAGGCACGUUGCCAUGGAGAUGAAGGCUGACAUCAGUGCCAAGAAGGAAGACAUGAUGUUUCAUAAGAUCUAUAUCCAGAAACACGACAAUGUCAGUAUUCUAUUUGCAGACAUCGAGGGUUUUACCAGCCUGGCGUCUCAGUGCACAGCCCAGGAGCUCGUCAUGACCCUAAAUGAACUCUUCGCCCGUUUCGACAAGCUGGCGUCGGAGAAUCACUGCCUGCGAAUCAAAAUCCUGGGUGAUUGUUACUACUGUGUGUCCGGACUGCCUGAACCCCGGGCUGACCACGCCCACUGCUGCGUGGAGAUGGGCGUCGACAUGAUCGAGGCCAUCUCGUUGGUACGCGAGGUGACGGGGGUCAACGUUAAUAUGCGCGUGGGCAUUCACAGCGGACGCGUGCACUGUGGCGUGCUGGGACUCAGGAAGUGGCAGUUUGACGUGUGGUCAAACGAUGUCACACUGGCCAAUCACAUGGAGGCGGGAGGCAAAGCAGGCCGAAUCCACAUCACCAAGGCCACAUUGCAGUACCUGAAUGGGGACUAUGAGGUGGAGCCAGGUUUUGGAGGAGAGAGGAACGUGUACCUGAAGGAGAACAGCAUCGAGACUUUUCUGGUCCUCGGCUGCAGCCAGAAACGGAAGGACGAGAAGGCGAUAAUGGCGAAGCUGCAGCGGACGAGGGCCAACUCUAAUGAGGGGCUGAUGCCACGCUGGGUUCCUGACAGAACCUUCUCCAGAACCAAAGACUCCAAAGUCUUCAGACAAAUGGGAAUUGACGAGUCAUCCAGUAAAGACAACCGGGGUGUUCAGGAGACCAUGAACCCAGAGGAUGAAGUAGAUGAAUUCCUGGGGAGAGCCAUUGAUGCACGUAGUAUUGACCAGCUCAGAAAAGAUCACGUCAAGAAGUUCCUACUUACCUUCCAAACCUCCAGUCUGGAAAAGAAGUAUUCUAAGAAGGUGGAUGACCGUUUUGGGGGCUACGUAGCCUGUACCCUGCUAGUAUUCUGCUUCAUAUCUUUCAUACAGAUUGUUAUCUUUCCACACACCCCAGUAAUGCUGGGAAUCUACAUCAGUAUCUUCAUCGUACUCGCCAACAUCCUCUUCAUUUGUGCCAUAUACUCUUGCAUUAAGCUCUUUCCAGCUGCAAUGCAAACUGUUUCAAAGAAGAUUGUCCAGUCCCGCACUAACAGCACCUUGGUUGGAGUGUUCUCCAUCAUCCUCGUCUUCAUCUCUGCCUUCAUUAAUAUGUUUGCCUGCGACACCACAGACUUGACGGAAUGCGUCGCUGAGACGAUGAACACGUCUGCAGCCCUGGUGACGCCAUGUCUGAUCCGCAGCCUGAAUGUUUCCAUUGAAGGAGGUCUAGAGAUCUGCCCAAGCCAAGGUCCUUCCUGUCCCUUUCCUGAGAACUGCUGUGAUCUCCUGUUGCUGAUGCGUGUGGUCUCCUGUUGGUGGCAGUAUUUCAGCUACAGCGUGCUGCUGACGCUGCUGGCCUGCUCCGUGUUCCUGCAAAUCAGCAGCAUCGGGAAGCUGGCCCUCAUGCUGUUCAUCCAGCUCACCUUCCUGCUGCUGGUGGAGUGGCCACAGGUAGCACUAUUUGACAACGCAGACCUCUUCGUCACCUCCAACGCCAUUGAUUUAAAUGAAACUAUUGAUCAGUGGUUCGGUUUCAAUGAAACUACAAGCCAGUGCGCAUUUGUUGUGACCAAAGUGUCUCUGCGGGUCAUGACUCCAGUGAUCCUCACCGUCUUCGUCCUUGCGCUGUACCUGCAUGCACAGCAGGUGGAAUCUACGGCACGCCUGGACUUCCUCUGGAAACUACAGGCCACUGAGGAGAAGGAGGAGAUGGAGGAGUUGCAGGCCUACAACCGUCGCCUCCUCCAUAACAUUCUUCCUAAAGACGUAGCUGCUCACUUCUUAGCUCGUGAGCGGCGUAACGACGAGCUGUACUACCAGUCCUGUGAGUGUGUGGCCGUCAUGUUUGCCUCCAUCAGCAACUUCUCCGAGUUCUACGUGGAGCUGGAGGCUAACAACGAGGGAGUGGAGUGUCUCCGGCUGCUCAACGAGAUCAUCGCAGACUUUGACGAAAUCAUCAGCGAAGAGAAGUACAGGCAGCUAGAGAAGAUCAAGACCAUCGGUUCCACCUACAUGGCUGCCUCUGGUCUCAACGACUCCACUUACGACAAAGAGGGACGCACUCAUAUCACUGCACUAGCUGACUACUCCAUGAGACUGAGAGAGCAGAUGAAAUACAUCAACGAGCAUUCAUUCAACAACUUCCAGAUGAAGAUAGGUCUGAACAUCGGGCCAGUGGUAGCAGGGGUCAUUGGAGCACGAAAGCCUCAGUAUGAUAUUUGGGGGAACACAGUUAAUGUGGCCAGUCGCAUGGACAGCACAGGUGUACCUGAUCGUAUACAGGUGACCACAGACCUCCACCAGGUGCUUUCAAACAAAGGCUACAUUCUGGAGUGUCGUGGAGUUGUUAAGGUCAAAGGUAAAGGGGAGAUGACCACCUACUUCCUGAACGAUGGGCCACCCAACAGUUAGCAGCCAGGGCAGCGGCUGACGUCGGGAGGAUCCCCGCUGGAAGGACACAGCACCACUGAGCGAGCGCUCCCAGUGCCAGCCCACCGCUAAGAACUACAAUCGCCAUCACUUGAAUCCCAAGCAAAGAGGGAAACAGGAACUUUUUGGACUCCAGAAAAAGGAAAGUGUUCUCACUGAGAGGAGAAACCUCGUGUCUGACGGCCGUUUUUGGCCGCGGUCAGACGUGGAAGGACGCGUGUUUUUCUCAUGUCUAGCCUCUCUCUCAGGCUUCUUGAAAGAUGCAAAGUCUGUUUAUUUAAAAACAACGCCUUUUAGCCUGUGUUGAAAGAAGAUUAAUGCUGUACAUAAGGCUACUUCCUCAUUUUAAUUUGUGUUCUCUUCAUUUUGUUUCAAAUUUUUUCAGUCAUUUUGAUUUCACAUGGAUUAUGAACAGGUACUCAUGCUUUGUUCUGCAUUAAUUAUUUAUUUCAAUCUCGUUGUUUUGUGCUAAAGGUCCUUUAUGAAAACGUGUGAACACAUACGUGCACAAAUAUCCAGUUUAUUACACGUUUAUAAGUGUGUAUGUACAUGCAUAUUUGUGUGUGUAUGACUAUAUGUAUAAACUGAGGAGGAAUAUAUUGACCAAAGACUAAAGUAUUUACUAAAAGCAAGGCCCGACAUGUUGCCAUGUCCUCGCAGAAGUCAGCAAAUAUCGCCACCUCUAGAUCCAGGCAGAGGGUCUGCCUUUUAAUUUACUGUUUUUGCCCAAACGCCGGCAGUGAAGGUUCUCCAUCACUUCCAUGAAAUAUGUAGAUUUAUUUAUUUUAUUUCAUUUAGGCAGCAGAGAGCAGAUUUUUAACUCUGAAUUAUAAAGCUCCCCGUUAUCCUUUUACCAGAUGAAAUAAUAAAUAAAAACACAUGACUAAAGAUGACCAAGUAUGUUCUUAGAGGGUUAUUACUGAGAUUUAUAGUUUUACCUGUGAGGAGAUGGAUCUUCAUCCUCAUACCUGAGAGGCCGAGCCGCCAGCGGGGCGCUGGUGUCGGCCGUCUCAUCGCCGACUGCAUCUUUUCAGAAAGGUACUUUUUAUUUUUCCGUGCAGGUGGAAAUGAGGGAACAUUGGUGGGUUGUUCCAGCGCGUGCGCGCGGGGGGGGGGGGGGGGGGGGGGGGGGUUCAAUGCAGUCGCAUCACAGCCGGAUUCUUCUGUGAAGAGGAAGUAGAUGAAGGAAAGAGGAAUAUCUAUUGAUUUUGACUGAAUACUGUGCUUUGUGAUCCUGAAGGGGCAUAACUAUUUUCACUGUGAGGUUUUUAUGAUACAACAAAACUGCUUUCUUGCCAAACAUAACUGCUUUUGAGCAUGUCUCAGUGUGGUUUCUUGUUUUCCUUUUUCUUUUUCGGUUUGUUUCAGUGUUGGGUAUCUUGUGUAAAUUCUGUACCCAUCAUUUGUAUAUUAGUAUUAUUAUUAUUAAUAUUAUGAUUAUUAUUAUUGAUUCUGGUUAAUUAUUAUGCUUAACAUGAUGACUCCAUUCCGUUGGAAAAGGAUAAAAGAACAGCACGCUUUGUUGAAAAAAGGCCAGUUUCGAAGGUCGAGCUCGCCGGUACCAACUGAUCGACUGAUUGGUUCUGGUCACAACAAAAGCAUUAAACUCAGAUAAGUGAUCCACUUUUAUUUAAGCACCUGCAGCAGUAACUCUCAAGGACAAGGCGGGAUACGCAGGUCUACGUUUUCUCACCUGCCUCCUAAUUAUUCGUUUAGCUAAAGUAUUGCCUUAAGUUAAAAGCCCGGACAUGAAUAGGAUGUGUGCCUUCAGGUAGAAGAAGAAGGCCUGUCGACAGUAGAUUUCAGGUAUUACUGUUGUGGUGAUCGCUCUUUCUGACUGAGGGGAAUCAGCUCUUCUCUCACACUCUCCCUGGCAGAGGACAGCAGAUCACGUUGGUACCGAGGCCAGCCGGCUACUGGUCUCUCCUGGGCAGUGGCGUGUGAGCUCGGAGGUGUGGUGGGAGCACUAGAGGACAGUGAUCAGCAGCUAUCACCAGCUGUGACCAAUGAGGAGUGAUUCACAGAAACAAAAGUUUAUAGAAUGGACAUGAGUUUAUUAAGAUGUUCAUUGUAUGUAUUCUAUUUCUACUGGCUGUCCAUGGACUUGUGUUGAUUGUUAAAUCUUGGGAUGCUUUUUUAAAUUUAUUUGGUGGAUGGGUGGGCGGGGGGGCUCUUCCGAUACUACUGAACCUGUUUAGCUCAGGCCUGAUUAAUCCUUUAUAUUUUCUUUUGAUUUGCCCGAGUUGGAGGAGGAGUGGUGAGGGGGAUGGUUUUGCUACGAUGAAGGUCAGGAGGAGUAGAGGUCUACGACAACGAGAAAAAUAACAUUACCCCUUGACGAAAAAAAUAAAACUUAAAAAAGUCUC